ACCCAGUGUCCCCUGCUGCAGAGAGUGAAGGGGACGGGCUCCCCAGCGGCUACGGAUCCAGAGACAGGAUCAUCAGAGACCACAAAAGACAAAGGCGAGGGCAUCUCAGGCCGACUGACAGCUGCAGCAGCUGGGAUCCGGGCCGCAGCACCGCCUGGGCUGACACAGGGAAGCAGCGGCCAACGCCUGGACCGGGUGGAGGUGCAGCCAUGCGCUGCUCUACCCUGCUAGCCAUCUUUGUGGGGGUGCUUCUGUACUUGGUGCUGGGAGCCGUGGUGUUCCGCACCUUGGAGAUUCCCAAUGAAAGAAAAAUCCAGGAGGAAUCUGAGAAGCAAUUGUCCAGAGUGCGGGAGCACUUUCUGGGGAAUUUCUCCUGCGUGGAGCCAGAGAGCCUGCUGGAUUUUUUACAGAAAGUGGAGGAAGUCAUCGAAGGUUUGGGGUCCUCUUCCAACGAAACCUCAUUCACCAAAUGGGAUCUUGCAAGUGCUUUUUUCUUCUCAGGGACAAUCAUUACAACCAUCGGGUUUGGGAACAUCUCGCCACAGACUGAUGGAGGGAAGCUGUUCUGCAUUUUCUAUGCUCUGGUGGGAAUCCCCAUGUUUGGUAUCCUUCUCGCUGGGGUCGGGGACCAUCUUGGUACUGUGCUGAGGAAAGCUAUUGCCAAAAUUGAGCUUCUCUUCUUGAAAUGGAAGGUUAGUCCCACCAUUGUGCGCGUGAUCUCGGCCAUUCUGUCCAUACUGCUGGGUUGCCUGGUCUUUGUUGCAGUGCCUAUCCUUGUUUUCCAAGAGGUGGAGGGCUGGACUCUUCUGGAUUCUGCCUACUUUGUGGUUAUAACUUUGACCACAGUCGGCUUUGGCGACUAUGUUGCAGGGGACUCUGGAAUAGCAGGGAGCCAGCAUUGGUACAAGCCUUUGGUGUGGUUCUGGAUCCUGGUGGGUCUGGCAUACUUUGCAUCAAUCCUCACAAUGAUCGGUAACUGGCUCCGUGUUCUGUCAAAGAAAACCAGAGCUGAGAUGGAGGAGCUGCGUGCUCAUGCCACCGACUGGACUCAGAAUAUCCAGAACAUGUCUGUGGACUUUCGCAUUCCGGGAAAAAUUGACGACCCCUUCAAACGGCGCAGACGAAGGCGCCGUCAUGGCCCUCGCAGCCAUGGUCACAGUGUAUCGGCGACAGGGGCCCCUGCGGGCCAGGAUGAACAAGAGGGGAGUCAGACAGAGACUGGAUCUUACACGUCAACCUCCUCUUAUGAGUCUGGAUCCGGAUCAGAAACAGACUCUCAGGCGACUCAGACCGACAGAGUUCCCGAAGACAAACCAGCCGAGUCUAAAAAGGAGGAGCCUCCAUCUGAUCCUCAACUGUCUCACUACUUUGGGGAGAACCUUGCCUUUAUUGACGAGUCCUCAGACGCUCAGAGUGCCAAACUGAAAACGGACUCUCGCCAUGGUCCGAAUCAACCCAACUCUCGCCCGACAAAGAGGAGACGCCACCGACGGCAUGUUCAGCGAAGAGGCUCAAGGACCAGUGAUCACAACAGGAAGCAACCAAACGGAAACCCCAAACUAGCUCCAGAUCUCAAGCCUCAGGAAGAGACGAACAUCAAUGUGUGACACAACAGAAGAGGUCAGAGGAGCUCUUGCUGGUGCAAUGUGGGUAACCAUCCCCCUCGGACACUUGAGAUGAAAACGUGUUGCUGAUGCAGUUUUCAUUGAAUUAUUCCUGCAGCAUGUCAGUGUGUUUGCCUGAGUCAGACAUAAAGCCAUUCUUUUCAUGAUUCUGUGUGGAGGUACCGCCCUCCACUGGCCUAAGGCUGUAUUGCACUUUCACUCUGUCAAUUGUUUCCACUCUACCAACCUGAUCAAGCCUCAAACCACAGCCACUCCAGAAUCCUGCCAACACACCAACAUAUUCUAAAUAUUCUCUCACUAGAACCUUUUUUUGGUAUGAAAAACAUUUUUAUUAAAUGAUGUAUAGUGUUCAAGCAUAUCCUUCGCAUUUUGUCUUCCAAUUGCAUUAAUGUUGCUCCAAUGCACAUGUGGAAUAAAUAAAAAGUUUUAAAC